AUGGGUUGCAUUCAGAACGUUCAUCCGAAGAAGUACGGCCAGGGAUCCAGGCAAUGCCGCGUGUGCUCGAACAGACAUGCCAUAAUCAGAAAGUACAACAUUAACAUAUGCAGACAGUGCUUCCGAGAAAGGGCCGACAUUAUUGGAUUUAAGAAGGUAAAAUUUAGGACCAUACGAAUGCUGACCGUUUCAGCACAGGAUGGGGAUCCCCCCCUCGAGGGGAGGUUUUCCACUUAUGUGUGA